AUGACAGCACCCUCCUCUAGACUGCCUAACAACGGCAGCAGUAGCAGUGUAAAUAGCUCCACCACAGCACCUGUCGCAUCAGCCGCAGCUCCUGCUUCACAACACCACCCGCAUCACCACCAUCAUCACCACCACCAUCACCAUCAUCACGCUCAUCACAUCACCGACCCAGCUCGUCGCAAGAAGAAGCAUCUCCCUGCCCAGCUCGCCCAGCUGCAGCUUGAGAACGAGGAAGAUGACGCCAACAACUUCAUCUCUUCCUCCCGCGAUGCUUCAGAAGAGGACAAUGAUGAUCAGGAAGAGACUUUUGAUGACGACGCUUCAAUCGCUUCGCUGCGUCACCACCAGCAGGGUGCAAACACAAGCUCGCUCUCCAACGUGCCCACCUCUUCGUCGCUGUCCUCCAUCCCGCCCAAUGACCGAGAUCAGGCUCUGAUCGACUCUGCAGCGCUUCAUCAGCCAUCCAAGCUCCAACAGCAGCUCAAGCCUACUCCUGCACUGGAUGACAGGACGCCCGCCAGCUCAAGCCCGCCUCGAGUUGCCGCAACAUCAGGUGCUGCUCCUCUCGCAAGCGGUGCUGCUGGCUCGUCUCGUUCAGGGCAGCCCUCUGUGCAGCAUGGCUUUGUCUCUCCACCCGCCGCCCAACAGCAGGCACAAUCGAACACAGAUCGCAGGCGUGAAGCUUCCUCGGACGAUGAAGAGCGAUAUGUCCGUCCCUCUGUCGGUGUAACGCUCGCGAAUGCUAGUGCCACUCUCUCCGGGAGCUCCUCGACUGAGCUAAUGCCUAAGGUUGUGGCCGCACAAAGGCAGCAAGGCGCAGCAGAAGGUGUCUCCAGCAAAUCUGCGAAAGCCGGUGCUGGAGCCAACCUCAACCUCGGCUCGCUUCCGCCUCCCUCAGUUGAUGGUGUUGCGGCUUCGCAGCCAUUGUCUACUGUCAAGCCUCAGGCCGACAACGCCGAUCCUUUCUCGCCAAGCAGCGGCUCUGGUAUUGCGAACGCUUUGUUCGGCAAUGCUGCUUCGUCGACACCAAAGGCGAAACAAGCUCAAGACACUGCGGCUGCUCCAGCGCUCGACCCUUCAGUCCUUGGUCAGACCGUGGCUGGUGCCGGAGUGUCGGCUGCUUCCAAGCGCAAGACAUCUGCAUCGCACUACGCUUUGAACGCUACUGCACGACGAGCUGAGCUCAAGGAUGGCACAGCCGAUGAUGAAGCUGAUAACAAUACCGAUGGCGGCACUCCAUACGAUGGCGAUGUCGAAUACGCUGCUCGCACACCUGUCUCCACUCUAGUUGGUGCUGGCUCUUCCACUGUCGGCGGCGCUGCUCGCGAAUCCUCGGCCAAAGCAGCCACAGCAGCGAUAAAGAGCACCGCCCCAGUCCCCGUUUGUUCUCGCUCCUACAUCCAAACCAUGAAGAGCCGUCACGCAGACUGCCACCCGCAAGGCGACGCUUUCGAAGAAGGCGGCUUCCAACCAUCUUCCAUCCCCUCCGCUGAAGAAAUCCAAGCCUGGGUCAACGAAGCCAUAUUCAACCCCGACCCUCAGCGCGACUACUCCAUCAACCCACCGCCCAAACGCUACGACACGGAAGGUCGAGAACGACCCAUCCGUAUCUACGCCGACGGAGUCUACGAUCUCUUCCACUACGCACAUGCUCUUCAGCUUCGUCAGGCCAAACUCUCGUUCCCUUCCGUCCACCUCAUCGUUGGUGUCGUAAGCAGCUUCUCAUGCGGCAAGCACAAGAACAAGCCCGUGCUUACAAGUCAGGAACGCUACGAAUGCGUCAGGAACUGCAGAUGGGUGGAUGAGGUGCUGGAAGACGCACCUUGGGUGGUGGAUCAGAAUCUGAUCGAUACGUUGGAGAUCGAUUACAUUGCGCACGAUGACCUGCCAUAUUCGGAUAUCGGAAUGGAAGAUAUCUAUGCGUUUGUGAAGAGACAGGGAAGAUUCUUACCCACGAAAAGGACGGAUGGUGUUUCGACGUCCGAACUUUUGGGUAGGAUUGUCGAGGUGUACAGAGAGGGAAGUUUGGAUGGAAAGCUGGCAAAGAUCGGGCUUGAAGUCUUGACUUCUACGCAUGAACUGAAACAUGCUUAA